CUUACUCUGUAUUUAAAGCCAUGGAGUUUGAGUUUAAGACACCAUUAAUGAGAUACGCAUAAUCCCAAAACAAUUAGCGAUAUCCGUACCGACCACCGCGAGAAAGGGACGCGAGAAAGAAGAGCACCCAGAACUCGGUGCUUUUUCUCUCUCUACAGCAAAUCCGUACCCUUUUUUCUAGGUUGUCUCUCACCACUCUUCACCUUCACUUUGCCUGAUUCCCAAAGCUGAAAAGCGCACCCACCCCUUCGCUUUUUCUUCGUGUUCUUCUAAGUUGUUGGGUCCUGGUGAAGUAAUAUUCAAAAUAUACCCAGAAGAACCUUAUCUGCUAAAUCCCUAAAUUCCGCAGCUUCUCCUUAUUAGCUCCGCUGAACCUUCAAGAGUUGAAGAGAGGUUGAAGAUGCAUAAACCACCUCAAGAAGACUUCUCUCUUAAGGAAACCAAACCACACCUUGGUGGGGGGAAGGUCACAGGUGAUAAGCUCACCAGCACCUAUGACCUCGUUGAGCAGAUGCAAUAUCUCUAUGUCCGGGUGGUCAAAGCUAAGGACUUGCCUGCGAAGGACGUCACCGGUAGCCUCGAUCCAUAUGUGGAGAUCAGGCUUGGAAACUACAAGGGCACGACUGGUCAUUUUGAGAAGAAAACCAACCCGGAAUGGAACCAAGUCUUCGCCUUCUCGAAGGACAGGAUGCAGGCUUCCAUGCUUGAAGUCCAGGUGAAGGAUAAGGAUCUUUUCAAGGACGAUUUUGUUGGGCGCGUCAUAUUUGAUCUGAAUGAGAUCCCGAAGAGAGUCCCGCCUGACAGCCCACUGGCGCCACAGUGGUACAGGUUGGAGGACAGGAAGGGUGAGAAGAUCAGGGGAGAGCUUAUGUUGGCUAUUUGGAUAGGCACUCAGGCUGAUGAGGCGUUCCCUGAGGCCUGGCAUACAGAUGCAGCGGCUGUUAGCGGGUCCGACGGGCUUUCGAGCAUAAGGUCAAAGGUCUACCUCUCCCCCAAGCUUUGGUACUUAAGGGUUAACGUGAUCGAGGCCCAAGAUUUGGUCCCAAAUGAUAAAAGUAGGUACCCUGAAGUGUUUGUUAAAGCUAUUCUAGGUAAUCAGGCUUUGCGGACACGGGUUUCAACUGCCAAGAGCAUCAACCCGAUGUGGAACGAGGAUUUGAUGUUUGUGGUCGCCGAACCGUUUGAGGAGCCACUGCUUCUUAGCGUGGAAGACAGAGUUGGGUCCAACAAGGACGAGAUUCUUGGAAGGUGUGCCAUCCCUUUGCAGUACGUUGAUCGGAGGUUGGACCAUAGGCCAAUGAACUCAAAAUGGUACAAUCUUGAUAAGCACAUGGUUGAGGGCGAUAAGAAGGAAGUGAGAUUUGCCAGCAAGAUUCACAUGAGGAUAUGGCUGGAGGGUGGUUAUCACGUUCUUGAUGAAUCGACCCAUUAUAGUAGUGAUCUUAGACCAACCGCGAAGCAGCUAUGGAAAUCCAAUAUUGGUGUUCUUGAACUGGGUAUCCUAAGUGCCCAAGGGCUCACGCCCAUGAAGUCGAAAGAGGGACGAGCAGCGACUGACGCUUAUUGUGUUGCCAAGUACGGGCAGAAGUGGGUGCGGACCAGGACUAUAGUUGAUAGCUUUGCCCCUAGGUGGAAUGAACAAUACACUUGGGAAGUGUUUGAUCCUUGUACUGUCAUAACCAUUGGUGUUUUCGAUAACUGUCAUCUGCAUGGAGGUGAAAAGUCCGGCGGGCCUAGUGGCCCGAGGGACACGAGGAUCGGGAAGGUGAGGAUCCGGCUUUCGACGCUGGAAACGGAUCGGGUGUACACCCACUCUUACCCGCUCCUUGUCUUGCAUCCAAAUGGAGUGAAGAAGAUGGGUGAGAUCCAGCUGGCGGUUCGGUUCACUUGCUCUUCGCUACUCAAUAUGAUGCAUAUGUACUCGCAGCCGCUUCUCCCGAAAAUGCACUACAUCCACCCGUUGACGGUUAUCCAGCUGGACAGCCUGAGGCACCAGGCGACUCAGAUUGUUUCAGCAAGGUUGAGUCGGGCUGAGCCACCACUGAGGAAGGAGGUGGUGGAGUACAUGCUUGACGUUGGGUCCCACAUGUGGAGCAUGAGGAGGAGCAAGGCAAACUUCUUCAGGAUCAUGGGGGUUAUAGGCGGGGCGAUUGCAAUUGGGAGAUGGUUCGACCAGAUAUGCAACUGGAAGAACCCAAUCACAACAGUUCUCAUCCAUGUACUCUUCUUGAUCUUGGUCCUCUACCCGGAACUGAUCCUCCCUACCAUUUUCCUAUACCUCUUCUUGAUUGGGGUGUGGCACUACAGGUGGAGGCCGCGCCACCCUCCCCAUAUGGAUACCCGAUUGUCAUGCGCUGAGAAUGCCCAUCCUGAUGAGCUGGAUGAGGAGUUUGAUACCUUCCCGACUUCCCGUCAGCCUGAUGUGGUGAGGAUGAGGUAUGACCGCAUAAGGAGCAUUGCUGGGAGGAUUCAGACCGUGGUUGGGGAUUUGGCUACCCAGGGCGAGAGGUUGCAGUCUUUGCUGAGCUGGAGGGACCCGAGAGCCACGGCACUAUUUGUGAUCUUCUGUCUGAUUGCUGCCAUUGUUCUCUAUAUCACUCCUUUCCAAGUUGUCGCCCUCCUGUCCGGGUUUUACGUCCUAAGACAUCCAAGGUUCCGCCAUAAACUCCCGUCUGUGCCGCUUAACUUCUUCAGAAGGCUUCCGGCCAGGACAGACUGCAUGCUAUGAGAGCAAAAUAUUCUACCGUUGCUGCUGCUUUUGGAUGGGGUGUUUCUCCCCAUCAGCUUUGCAUCUAAAUAUAUUAUUAGGGCUUGGUAAUAUUAGUGUGUCUAAGUUAUGGACUAGUUUGCCCCAUUUGUUGGCGGCCUUUUUUAUUUGGAGUCAUUUAAAGAAGUGUUAUGGAACUUUAGUGUUAUUAUUAAUCAAUCUAUGGCCUAAUAGUAAAAGGCAAGUGUUAAUGCAUUUUGGUUAUGUUUCCUAUAAUAUAGGUUAUAAAGGCUAAUACUUUAUGGGAAAUUGGUUAAAGUACAUAUCAAGUGUGUUGGUAGGAUUAAUGCUUUGAGAAGUUAUGUAAUGUAAUCUACUGAAUCUGGAAAUCUUUUGAGGGAUGAGUGCUCAACUGUUCUGUUCAGUCCAGUUUAUUUGGAUACGCAAUCUACUUUCUUCAUAGAAGUGAUUACGUGAUUUACGUCGUUCUAUUA